UGGCUCGCUCACAACUGCGACUGCAGUAAGGUAAGAACAACUCACCUUUCCUUUGUACUAAAAUCUGUUUCUCCAACACUAUGAAAGUUACAUGGAUAUUUUGGACACUCGUAUUGUUCAGUGUAACAGCAGCUGAUCCAAGCGCAGGACUGCGUACGUGGGAUAGAUUCAGCAAACUUCCAUAUCCCGGUGACAAAGCUUUCCUUUAUGACAUUUUCCCCGAUAAGUUUAUGUGGGCUGUGGGCACCGCUGCGUAUUCAGUGGAGGGCGCCUGGGAGAAAGACGGUAAAGGAAAAUCUAUCUGGGACACUUUUACGCGCGGAGGGACGCGCGUGUCCAGAGGAGACGUUGGCAGUGACAGUUAUCACAACAUCCAGGCAGACCUCCGAGCCCUCCAGCAACUCCGAGUCACUCACUAUCGCUUUUCGCUCUCCUGGUCGCGCAUUUUCUCCAACGGCACUAAAGAGAGUUACAACAGGUGGGGUGUCGAGUAUUAUAAAAAUCUGAUUCGUGGAUUAAAGGAAAUUAAAGUGCAACCUGUUGUUACUUUAUAUCAUUGGGAUCUGCCUGACUUUUUGCAGACGCGCUUUGGAGGUUGGAGCAAUUCAAUUUUGGUGGAAGUGUUCAGGGAAUAUGCAGAUUUUUGUUUUAAAACUUUUGGAUCGGAUGUGAAGUUUUGGAUUACCAUCGACAACCCAUUUGUAGUGUCUUGGCAUGGAUACGGAACUGGUGUUGUGGCUCCUGGAAUAAAAAAUGACUCGGAUUUGCCUUUUAGAGUUGGACACAAUCUUUUAAAGGCACACGCUGCAGUUUGGCACCUGUAUGACCAAAGAUAUCGUGCCAGCCAAGGGGGGAAAGUGUCCAUGGCUCUAGCAUCCCACUGGAUCAAACCAAGCAGAACCAGGCAGGAGAACCACAAAGCCUGCCAGUGCUCUCUGGACUUCGUGCUCGGCUGGUUUGCCCGCCCGUUGUUUGUGGAUGGAGAUUAUCCGCCCUGCAUGAAACGCAAUCUGACCCGCCGGCUGCCCUCUUUUACUGAGGCUGAACGCAUGCAUAUUAAUGGAACGGCUGAUUUCUUUGCCCUCUCUCAUGGUCCGGCUCUUAGUUUUCAGCUGAUCAAUGACAGUCUGCGCUUCGGUCAGACAGAAGACCUGGACCUGAGGAUGCUGCUGUACUGGAUCCAUGCUGAGUAUAACAAUCCGCCCGUCUUUGUGGUUGAGAGUGGUUGGUAUGGAGGUGGCAACACAAAAACGAAGGAUGCCAAGCAUAUGUACUAUCUGAAACGCUUUAUUAUGGAGACUUUGAAAGCCAUCCGAUUUGACAAUGUAAAUGUAAUUGGCUACACGGCCUGGUCUCUGCUGGAUGGAUACGAGUGGUACCGUGAAUAUGGAAUACGACGAGGGCUGUUCUAUGUAGAUUUCAACACUCCAGACCUAAAGAGAGAACCAAAGACAUCUGCAACGUUCUAUAGCAAACUCAUCGAAAAGAACGGCUUCCCCCAGCUGCCUGAGAAUCGCCCGGCACAGGGCGUCUUUUCCUGUGAUUUUGCCUGGGGUGUGGCGGCCAACUCCAUACAGGUUGAUACCACACCUACCCAGUUUGCAGACCCCAGCGUAUACAUCUGGAACAUUUCUGGUAACGGAGAGCUAAAAAAACUCCCAGGUGUGCAGGCGCCUGCUACGCGCAGGGCACGGCAUUGUGCCGACUACGCCAGCAUCCGUCAGCAGGUGUCUGACAUCCAACACAUACAAGUGUCUCACUUUCACUUUUCCCUCAACUGGUCGUCACUUGUCCCUUCAGGCCUUGUGUCAGAUGUUAACAAAACGCUGCUGAACUACUACCGUUGCUUUGUCAGUGAGCUACGAAAGGUUAAUGUAACCCCGGUCGUGACCCUUUGGCACCAUACUGGGAAGUUGUCCAGCUUGCCUGUGCCCAUGGAAGCCAGAGGGGGCUGGCAGAGCGAAAACACAGUACAGGCCUUUGUAGACUACGCCAGGCUGUGUUUCCGACAUCUCGGAGCUCACGUCAAGCUAUGGAUCACGCUGAAUGAACCCAACGAUGAGGACCUUGAAUACUCAGUGGGUCACCAGCAGUUACGUGCCCAUGCGUUAGCUUGGCGCGUCUACGACAGUGAAUUCCGCCCAUCUCAAGGCGGCAAGGCGUCUUUAGUUCUUCAUAUGGAUUGGGUCGAGCCUGCUUUUUCUUUCAACCGUGAGGAUGUGGAACCUGCAAACCGAGUCUUGGACUUUCGAGUGGGUUGGUUUGCAGAGCCAAUCUUUGGAAGCGGCGACUACCCAGAAGUGAUGCGAAGCUGGCUGCAACAGAGAAACAACAUCGAUCUUUUUAACUAUCACUUACCAGCGUUCAGCGAAGAAGAUCGACGGCUGGUUAAAGGAACUUACGAUUUCUUCGCCAUCAGCCACUUUACCACCUCAAUGGUGUAUGAUGGAGUUGAGGACAAAUACACAUUCAAGGACAAGCUGCAGGUGCAACUGAUCUCCGACGUUACCUGGAUCAUGUCGCCAAGACGCAACUCUCCCGUGGUCCCCUGGGGUCUUCGGAAGGCUCUGAACUGGGUCAACUCGAGAUAUAAAGGCGUUCCAAUUUACGUGAUGGCCAAUGGGGUUCAAGAGGACAUUGCAAGAUUUAAGGACAGCUUGCGCGUCUACUACCUUUACAACUACAUUAAUGAAGCUUUGAAAGCAUACAUGCUGGACGGUGUCAAUGUGAAAGGUUAUUUUGCGUAUGCAUUCAACGACCAACACGACCCAGGCUUUGGAAUGUACGGAUAUGUACAAGAGGAAGUCAUUUUAAAAUCAUCACUGGCGCAUUACAAAAACAUCAUCCACCACAACGGAUUCCCUGCUUACGGCACAGCGUACAGACAGUGUUCACAUCCUCCUGCAUACUGUUCUGAGUGUUACAUCCUAACUAAGCAACCUGUUGUCUGCUUUUUGUCUCUGGUGGGCUCCUGUAUGCUGAUGACAUUGUGCUUUAUUGUCUACUAUGCAGUCAGGAGGCACAAAAUAACCACAAAACAAUGAAAGCAGUCCUUACUUUGCUACAGGUGUUAUAUUGAACAUUAAAGGAAUAGUUCACUCAAAACUUUUAAUUCUGUCAUAAUUUAUUUACCCUCAGAUAGUUCCAAACCUGUAUACAACACAAAGGAAUAUAUCUGGAAUAAUAUCAGUAACCAAACAGAUCUCCUCCCCCAUUGACUCCCAUAGUAUUUAUUUUCCUAAUAUGGGAGUCAGUGGGGAAUGAGAUCUGGUUAUGUUACUAACAUACUUCCAAAUAACUUCCUUUGUGUUUAACAGAACAAAAAAAUGUAUACAGGUUUGGAACAAUCUGAGGAUGAGUAAAUUAUGACAGAAUUUCAAUCUGUCCCUUUAAUAUUAAAGUUUAAUUUGGGACAUCUGAAAGCCUGUUUAAAAUUACACCCAAUGUAUAUUUCUUGAUUCACAGCAUUUCUUAAUGGAUAUUACAGCAGGCUGUCGAGGAAAGACCAAGCUAUUUAUUUUAUGUAAAAAGAUAAUAUUUAUUUAAGAUGUUUGCUUUUUAUUCUUUAUGUUAGGCUUACAAGUUGUUAAUAAGUAGGUAAAACAAAUAUUGACAUUUUCAGAAUCCUAGAUAACUUUACCAUGGUUAGUUUUGGUAAGAUGGCAUUCUCACAUUAUCUGAUUGUUUGUAUUGAAAUAUGAUAUUUAGGAUUGUAUUGAAUGCACGUUUUAUGUAUUUAAUGUCAUUUUGCUUUAAGAAUAUAUGCAGUAUAUAUAUAUAUAUAUAUAUAUAUAUAUAUAUACAUAUGAAUAAGACACAUCUGUGGUUUUAAUGACAAAUAACUUUUAGUGUCUGUUAGCGGUUGCAGAAAUUAAAGUGAUAUUUCACCCAAAACAUUGUAUCAUCAUUUACUUACUCUCUCGUCAUUUCAAAACUUUAUGACUUACCUUCUUCCCCAGAACACAAAAGAAUUCAUUUUAAAGAAAGUUGGUAAUUGAACAGCACUGGUCCCCAUUCACCUCUAUCGUAUGGACACAAAAUCAAUGCAAGCGAAUGGGGGCCAGUUAACAACAUUCUUCCAAAUAUCUUCUGUUCUUCAGAAGAAAGUCAGUCAUACAGGUUUUAGGGCGAG